UAUGCGGAACACAGAGACCAGGCCUCCACCAGCACAGACAACGGGUCGUUGGUGGCUUUACGGCCGACGAGUGUGAGUACCCUUGGGUAGUCCUGGUCAUCGCCCUCAACAGCAUUUGUGGAGGUUCGAUCCUAGACUCGCGGCACAUCAUGACGGCUGCCCACUGUGUCAAAGACAAGUUGACAAACACACCGAUAAGUCCGGCUGCUGUCCGUGUCAGGAUUGGAUCAUCCUCUGUGUCGCUGGGCCGGCAGUUUCAAGUCAUCAACGUCAUCACACAUCCCUCCCACGACCCGGGAAACAAAGUCAACGACAUCGCCGUGCUGACCAUUGGCCAAGAUCUGGUCUUCUCGGAUUGCAUCAAACCACUCUGUCUUCCCGAGGAGGGUUCGGAUCCCAAACAUGCAGAUUUCUGUGUGGUGGCUGGAUGGGGUGUCACAAAUGUGGCCUCUCCAAACAGCAUCCCCUACCUUCAAGAGGCUGAGCUACCUAUCGUGGACCAAGAGUUGUGCCAGCGACGGUACGGGUCAGACAAGGUCAACGAGCAGACGUUUUGUGCCGGUGAUUAUUACAGUGGAGGAAUAGACUCGUGUCAGGGAGAUUCUGGCAGCCCUUUGAUGUGCAAAGUUGGAGGGAGAUUCAUCGCUCAGGGAAUUGUCUCCAACGGAUUAGGAUGUGCCCUGCCCACGUACCCUGGAAUCUACACCCGGGUGUCACACCCCAACAAUCUUAGAUUUGUUAAAACCGCAAUUGGAACCAGUUGA